AUGGCGAUGCGCGUACGUGCCAAGCCAUGGAUCUCGAUCCAGCCGAGCGUACGUGAUGUGCUGCACGAUGUGGCGCAAGGAGUGGUACAGAAGGAAGAUGUAUGGGUGAGUGCUUAUAUAGCUUCGCCUGCGCGUGCAAGUGUUCAUACCACUUUGCAUGUUGAGCAUACCUCGACGCCACCACAAACAUCCAUCUCCAACCAACCCAGUGAUAUUACUGUGGAUACGAGUAUAGAGCCAUGGUGUGUAUCAUCGCAAGGAGACGUCUCUGUACCGCGAACGGAGGUCCACCUACCGGUGCAGGGAGAAGAAGCAAUGAUACAUGAUGUCACGACGCCUCUCAGCGUAGAUAUGAGUAUCGACGCAGAAGGUGUAGAGCGCUACGUCAUGGGCGGCGCUCAAGGCCAAUUGGUUUGUGGCUCGUGGAAUAUGGGUACACCGUUCGCCGAGACGAAUUCUUGUGCUUCUCAUCAAAGUGAUAUUACAAGCGUUCGAUUCUUUCCUAGUGGCCAAGUGAUUCUCGCGACCUCGUUGGACAUGCGUGCGUCGGUGGUAUCAGCCUUGGAUGGCACAUGCCCACGUGUCUUGAUAGGUCACACGCGUGCUGUCUUAGGCAGUGCUAUCCUGGGUCGCGGUCGUGAAGUGGCGACCUGUAGUGCAGAUGGGGCCAUUCGACUUUGGGAUGUCAGUCGCGGUGAAACUGUACAAACUUGGGAUGCAGGCGUCUCGAUCCCAUCCUUGGAGGUAUCGAAGGCUUUGGACUCUACGCCGGAAGAUCGUCAAGGCGUGCUAGUGGCUGGACGGCACGAUGGUGUUCUACAAGGGUACGAUAUGCGAACAGGCUCCGCGGUUUGGUCGCAUACAGCGCCAAUGUCGCCACUAGGUGGGAGCGAGUGUGCAAUUCAAGCAUUGGCAAUGCAUGAGAACACUAUGGCACUAGGCACGCGAGGGGGUGUGUGUGCCUUAUACGAUUUACGUGCAAUGCAAGAGCCACUGGAUGCAUGGUAUCGCAAUACAGCGGAAAUUACUUGUAUGCAUCUUACAAAUCAGCGCGUAUACAUCGGCACGAGCGACGGUCUGCCGUACUCGGUCGAUCGUGACACGGACCAAGUGCAUGAGUACGCUGGAUGGGAUGCGGAUGCUAUCAGUGCCAUUCGCACAGAUCAGGCAGGGCAUGUGAUCAUAACUGGAAGUGGCAGGUAUGCUACAUAUAGGUAG